CAGAACAGAGGAGCCACGCAGCGGAGAUGAAGCUGCUUCUGCUGGGCGUCUGGCUGGGCCUGGCCUGGGCCCAGCAGGACCAAAGCCCGGUGCCCGUGCAACCUGGCUUCCAUCCUGAACAGGUGGAGGGACCCUGGCACACCAUCAAACUCGGUGCCACUAACCGGUCUGUUAUUGAGGAAGGGGGCUCCUACCUGUGUUUCAUGUCUGACAUCAAACUCCUGGAGGACGGAAACUUGAACAUCACCUACUUCCACAAGGAAGACGGAGUGUGUGUGCAGGAAUUCUACAUUGGGGAGAAGACCAGCACGCCUGGCCGCUUUACCUUUGAGUAUGAAGGUAAAAACUUCCUCACCUUCGUGGCCACGGGCCAUGACUUCCUCAUCAUGGACCUGGAGAACCACAACGAGGCGGGGAUUCUGAUUGUGGUGGAGCUCCAUGGCAGGACCUUCCUGGUGGACAAGGAGGGGCAGGAGGUGUACAGGAAGCACACACUCAGGAGAGGUAUCGGGCAGGACCACAUCGUCGACCUGUCUGCACACGUAAGAUGCACCUCCCUGGGGUCCUAGGUGCUCCCUUAGCACUUGGGCAGUCGGGGAGGCAUCCUGCUGGACUGGAGAUAAGCAACGAAGCAUCUGGAUCCCCAGGUCUCUGUUGUGCACAACCUGGAGCCAGCAUUUCCUGUGGCCCCCGCUUCUGGAUGCCUCCUGACUCCCACGCCCUUCCCUCUGCAAUAAACCAGU